CCGGGAUUGUUAUCAAUUAGUCACCUCAGACAUUGUGACCUCUGACGUGACCUCUGCGCCUCUGUGAAAUGAUGCAGGCAGGAAUACGACCGCUGGGACACGUCAAAGCGGUCUUGUCGCUGUUUGGCACUGCAGCGAGGGCGACUGGAGUGACUUUCGACUUGCGAUCAAAGUCGUCAACGAGUACGACUUCUACUGGCAGGAACAUUGUGCUCGUAGAGGGAGUUAGAACGCCAUUUCUUCAGUACCUAACCGAUUAUCGCAAUCUUAGCAACUAUGAAGUCGGUCGUAUGGCUAUGGAAGCAUUAAAAGGACGAACAAAGAUUCCACCAGACGAAGUUGAUUAUAUUAUAUUUGGAAACGUAAUCGCUGAACCAACGGCUCCAAAUAUUGCUCGUGAGGUGGCACGAUCGGUUGGAUUCUCUGACAAAACUCCGGCUCAUACUGUGUCAAUGGCUUGCAUAUCUGCUAAUCAGGCUAUAACAUCAGCAAUGGGUCUGAUUGCUGGUGGGCAAGCUGACACUGUCAUUGCCGGUGGCGUUGAGUUUAUGUCUGAUGUCCCAAUCAGAGUAUCACGUGGAGUGAGAAGCAAACUAAUGGCAUUUGAUCGAGCAAAAUCGCUUGGAGCAAGGAUAAGUCUUGCAAUGGGAGCUUUGAGGCAGUUUUCUUUGGAGCUGCCGGCUGUUGCCGAGUUUUCAACUGGCGAGACGAUGGGCAAGAGUGGUGACCGACUGGCUGCUGCAUUUGAGAUCAGUCGGAGAGAGCAGGAUGAAUUUGCCAUUCGUUCACAUAUGUUUGCACAAGAGGCGAGCGACAAAGGGUUUCUUGUAGAUAUUGAGCCUGUGAAGGUACCAGGGAAGAGCAAAUAUGUGAGUAGAGACAAUGGCAUUCGUGUGUCAACAAUCGACAAAGUGUCGAAGUUGAAGCCUGCGUUUGUCAAGCCACACGGCACUGUCACUCCAGCUAAUGCAUCAUUUCUUACUGAUGGUGCUUCAGCGUGUCUUAUUAUGAGUGAAGAGAAGGCACUCGCUCUGGGUUAUAAACCGCUUGCUUAUUUGAGAGACUUUGUGUACGUUGCACAAGAUCCCAAAGAUCAAUUAUUACUCGGCCCAGCAUAUGCCACUCCCAAGCUGCUCGACAAGAAAAAGCUAACGCUGAACGACAUCGACGUGUUCGAAUAUCACGAAGCAUUUGCAGGCCAACUCUUGGCUAACAUGAAGGCCAUGGACUCCGACUGGUUUUGUCAGACUCACAUGUCUAGAAAGAAGCUUGGGUUGUUGCCUGUCGACAAGAUGAAUCUUUGGGGCGGGUCUCUGUCUAUUGGACAUCCGUUCGGAGCCACUGGCGUUCGUCUGGUGACAACAGCAGCUCAUCGACUACGAAAAGAAGACGGAAAGUUAGCACUCGUCGCUGCUUGUGCUGCUGGAGGACACGGACACGCCAUGUUGGUUGAACGUUAUUGAUGAUGAACUUUAGAGUCUAACUUUUUGUGCACUUUAUGUUUGAUAUUGUUUUUAAGUAUGUUUGGUUUGUGCUAUAUUGCGGAUGUUUGUCUCACUGGUGGCCUCUGUCGAUUGUAAAUUCUGGUUGUAAACAUAUUCGAAUCAGUGAUUUACACAGACACAUGCAGUGAUAUCAUAUA